AAGUUGAUUAAGGUCGAUUGGACUUUUGUGGACAAAUUAUUAAGUAAAAUUACCGCACAACUAAGCGAUAAAUAAAGCCCCUUCAUUGUGAACUCCACCUUUCUGCUUUUCCACCUUCCAAAGCUGAGUCCCGCCGGCCGACGGAAAAAUGGGCUCUGUAACAAACUCCGGUGAGUACCAUAUUCUCAUGCUACCGUUCAUGGCCCANGGCCAUCUCAUCCCCUUCCUCGAGCUCGCUAAUUUCAUCCACCGGAAAUCCUCUGUUUUCACCAUCACCAUCGCCUGCACCCCCUCCAACAUCCAAUACCUCCGCUCCGCCGCCGCCGACUCCAAAAUCCGCCUCGCUGAACUCUACUACUCGAGCUCCAACCAUGGCCUUCCGCCAAACACCGAGAGUACUGAGAAUCUCCCUUUAAAUCAAAUCGACACCCUGUUUCAUUCCUCGACCGCCCUCGAACUUCCCCUUCGGGAACUGAUCUCCGACCUCGUCCAGAAGGAAGGCAACCCGCCGCUGUGUAUAAUCUCCGACGUGUUCUUAGGUUGGUCGGUAGCCGUCGCCAGGAGCUUCAACAUUCCAGUUUUCAGUUUCACUACAUGCGGUGCUUAUGGAACUCUGGCUUACGUCUCUCUCUGGUUGAAUCUCCCCCACCGGUCAUCCACCAGCGAUGAGUUUUCUCUCCCGGGGUUCCCGGAAAAUUGCCGUUUCCACCGCUCCCAGCUCCACCGGUUCUUACUCGCCGCCGACGGCACCGAUUCCUGGUCCAGGUAUUUCCGGCCGCAAAUCUCCUAUUCUUUGAGCUCAGAUGGGUGGCUCUGUAACACCGUCGAAGAAGUCGAGUCAUUCGGAUUGAAACAUUUGAGGGAUUACAUAAAAUUGCCCGUCUGGGCAAUUGGCCCGCUUCUCCUCCAAACCAGCUCCGGCGGCCGUCGCCGGUGGGGGAAAGAGAAAGAUUCCGGCGUGGGUUUAGAAACUUAUAUGAAUUGGUUGAAUUCUCACCGGAAAAAUUCGGUUCUGUACAUUUCCUUCGGAUCCCAGAACACAAUUACCGAGAGCCAGAUGAUGGAACUGGCUUACGGAUUGGAAGAAAGCGGGAGUGCAUUCAUAUGGGUGGUGAGGCCGCCAUCGGGACACGACAUGAAAGCAGAGUUCAGAGCUCAUCAAUGGCUGCCUGAGCAUUUCGAGGAUCGAAUGAAGGAGACGAAUAGAGGAUUGGUGAUCAGAAACUGGGCACCCCAGUUGGAGAUUCUAGCGCAUGAAUCGGUGGGAGCGUUUUUGAGCCAUUGUGGGUGGAAUUCGACGGUGGAAAGCUUGAGCCAGGGAGUGCCGGUGAUCGGGUGGCCGAUGGCAGCAGAGCAGUCGUACAAUUCAAAGAUGCUGGUGGAGGAAAUGGGGAUUGGAGUGGAGCUGACGAGGGGGAAAGAGAGUGAGAUUAAGAGAGGAAGAGUGAAGGAGGUGAUAGAAAUGGUGAUGGGGGAAGGUGGGGAAGGGGAACAGAUGAGGAACAAGGCCGCCAUUGUUAAGGACAAGAUGAGAGCUGCAGUUAUGGACGAACAAAAGGGUUCCUCUAACACCAACUUGGUGGACUUUCUUGAAUUCAUUCGAGCCAAACAGAAGAGUCUAAACAAAAUCAAAUAAUAUGUUGUUAUUUUUAACUUCAAUAAAAUUACUUCAUUUUAAAAUU